UGCUGUUGUAGUUCUCGAGCGAGCGAGUCUGACGGGGGCGGUGGGCGCGAGACUGACGACAACAUCGACGGACGCGGACGGGCGGGCGCGCGAGUGAGACUAAGGCGGGCGCGGGCGAAGGCAUCAACGGCCGACGGGCGGUGGCAACGCGCGGGUCUGGGCCCGAGGCUUCACUAGGCAAGUUUACGUUGAGUUCCAAAAUGGCAAUGCAGGCACAAACGGAGGAGAUUGCUGCAACAGAAGAGGAAUGUGUUGGGCCACAAGCUAUAUCAUGUUUGGAGCAAUGUGGGAUCAGUGCUAAUGAUGUGAAGAAGCUCGAAGAGGCCGGUUUUCAUACAGUGGAGGCAGUAGCCUAUGCCCCAAAGAAGGAAUUGAUAAAUAUUAAGGGUAUCAGUGAAGCUAAAGCAGAGAAGAUUCUGGCUGAGGCAGUUAAACUUGUACCAAUGGGAUUUACUACUGCUACAGAAUAUCAUCAGAGGCGCUCUGAUAUCAUCCAGGUUACUACGGGUUCCAAGGAACUUGAUAAACUUCUACUAGGUGGGAUAGAGACUGGUUCAAUCACAGAGAUGUUUGGAGAGUUUCGUACUGGAAAGACCCAGCUCUGUCAUACAAUGGCAGUGACGUGUCAGUUACCCAUUGACCGUGGUGGAGGUGAAGGGAAAGCUAUGUAUAUUGAUACCGAAGGUACAUUCCGCCCAGAGCGCCUCCUUGCUGUGGCUGAGAGAUACAACCUUUCGGGAAGUAAUGUUCUAGACAAUGUUGCAUAUGCUCGGGCUUACAACACUGAUCAUCAGACCCAACUAUUGUAUCAAGCAUCUGCCAUGAUGACAGAAUCCAGAUAUGCCUUGUUAAUUGUGGACAGUGCAACAGCGUUGUACAGGACCGACUACUCUGGUAGGGGCGAGCUAGCUGCUAGGCAGAUGCAUCUUGCACGGUUUCUACGAAUGUUGUUGCGACUGGCAGAUGAGUUUGGGAUAGCUGUUGUAAUAACUAACCAGGUGGUGGCCCAGGUUGAUGGUGCGGCCAUGUUUUCUGCAGAUCCAAAAAAGCCAAUUGGUGGAAACAUUAUUGCCCAUGCAUCAACAACAAGAUUGUACUUGAGGAAAGGUCGAGGUGAAACACGGAUCUGUAAAAUUUACGACUCCCCCUGUCUGCCUGAGGCAGAGGCUAUGUUUGCUAUCAACCCUGAUGGAGUUGGUGAUGCCAAAGACUAAAUGUGUAUGACAUUUCCUGGCCUUGUGCUGAAAGCUAUCGACAACAAGGAACCCCCUCAGGAUAAUCAGAAAUGCUAUUUUAUCACUUCACACUACAUGUUGAGAGUUGUGUUUAGAACAUUUAACUGGUUUCCAGUUUGGAAAAUGUUCUAGACAGAUUCAAUGGUAAAGUGGGUCCAAGGGGAGAAUAAUUUAUUCUCAGGUUAUUUUGUCUGGAUGAGGUGAAAGGCACGGAGAAGACUAUGUUGGACACAGAUUUAUUGAGUUUGCUUUAAAUCAUUUUCUGAUUGACCAGCUAUAGUUUAAAUAACUUGAGGCAGUGGUUUGAUAGAUCACUGCUGUGGAAGUGAUUGGUAAUAAAAUGGAAUACUUGUGGAACUCGAGGCAUGAUAACUGGUGCCGGAUGCAAUGCUACUUGAGGGUUGCAGAGCUUUAUGGAUGCAGGACGAAUGAACCAUAUGAUAACCAUGGAACAUCCUUCUUAAAAUGGCUCACCUUAUCUUAGUAGUGGAUGAAAGUAUGCAACUAUUCAGCAAAGAUAUGCACGGGCAGAGACCCGGGUUCGACCCCGACUACGGGUGCUGUCUGUACGGAGUUUGUACGUUCUCCCCGUGACCUGCGUGGGUUUUUUCUGAGAUCUUCCGUUUCAUCCCACACUCCAAAGACGUACAGGUAUGUAGGUUAAUUGGCUUGGUAAAUGUAAAAAUUGUUCUUAGUGGGUGUAGGAUAGUGUUAAUGUGGAGGGAUCGCUGGUCGACGGGGACUGGAUGGGUCGAAGGGCCUGGUUCCACGCUGAAUCUCUCAAACUAAAAAAACUAAAACUAACAUUAAAAAGCUAAUUCCCUUUUUGUGUCUGUUGCUUCUAAUACAGCUCAAGGAUGUAAAAAAUGAUGCAUAGUUCUGUUGGUGUAACAGUGAAAACAAUUCUGGAAACAUCAUUUUGCAAUGCUUUAUGGUGUGUGCGCCAAGGUGUCAUUUACCUUUUAUAAGCAAAUUAAAAAUAAUGCAAAUUUGAUAUACAUACAAAUAAACUAUUUUGACAAUUUAAGUGUUCAAA